AUGAGCGGCCGGCUCCUGCUCCUGGCAAUGCUCCCCGCAUUCCUGAGUCCCCCGGCUGCCACAGCGCAGAAAAGGAGCCAAGCGGUGUGCGAGGAUGUGCUGGAAGCUGACAUCGCCUUCCUGGUGGAUGGCUCAUCCAGCAUCGGCAGGAGCAAUUUCCGUGCUGUCCGCACCUUCAUGGAUGACCUGGUGGGGCCCUUCGUGCAGGUGGUGGGAGAGAAGGCAGUGCGCUUCGCCGUGGCACAGUACAGUGAUGACCUGCGGGUGGAGUUCCCCUUCUCACAGCACACUGAUGGCAUGAGUGUCCGGAGAGCCAUCCAGCAGCUGAGCUACAAGGGUGGCAACACACGGACCGGUGCUGGCUUCCGCUAUGUUGCUGACAACUUCUUUGGCCCCAAGCAGCUCCGGCCUGGAGUCCCCCAGAUCUGCAUCCUCAUCACGGAUGGCAAGUCCCAGGAUGAUGCUGAGGGGCCAGCAGCGAAGCUGAAGAGCCAGGGCAUCAAGAUCUUUGCCGUGGGGAUUAAGAACGCUGACCACAAGGAGCUGAUCCGUGUGGCCUCAAUGCCUGCUGAAGCCUUCUUCUUCUACGUCGGUGACUUCAAGCUGCUGGGCACACUGGUGCCACUGAUGACACGCAGGGUGUGCACAAGUGUUGGGGGCACCCUGCGCCAGCUGGAUGGGCCGAGCCACACUGGCCCCUCCAACCUGGAGAUCCUGGAGCGGGGCCUCGACCAGCUGCGGAUCCGCUGGACGGCCGAAAGCCAUUCUAGCUCCACGCUGGAUUUUCGUGUGGUGGAGACUGGACCAACCUUCCUGCGGCUGGCCUGGCAGCCUGGCCCCGAGCACCUCCAGGGAUACAGCCUCAGCUACACUGUGCAAGGAGCAGCCCAGGGGGAGGAGAAGAGCCUGGGGGCCAGUGCACACUCAGCCACACUCGGCAACCUGAGCCCUGACACGGAGUACGUGGUGAUGCUCCGACCCCGCUAUGCACAGCAGCCUGCUAUCCCUGCCACCCUCACCGCACGGACACGGCGCCUGGUGGGUGUGCAACAUGUGGCUGCUCACAACAUCUCAGCACAGAGCAUGCUGCUGGCCUGGCAGCCUGUCGGCUACCGGCUGUCCUGGGCGACCCUCACAGGGCAGGACAGGCACAGGGUGGACCUGGAUGCAGGGCGGUCAUCGCAUGCGCUGGUGGGGCUGCAGUCCAACACCGACUACGUGGUGACGGUGGCCCCACUCUAUGGGCAGCUGGAGGGUCCCACAGCCACUGUGCGGCAGAGGACGGAGGCAGGUACAGACCAGAUGCUACAGACCAACAUCCUGAGCCCCACAUCCAUCCAGGUGCUCUGGACCAGUGCCCAUGAUGCCCAUGGCUACCGCCUGGAGUGGAAGAGGGCCACAGGACCGGAGCCCCCCAGAACCGUGUCUCUUCCCAGCAGCACCAAUACUUACCAGCUGACAGGGCUGAAUCCAGGCACCAAGUACCGCAUCACCCUCUACACGCUCUAUGAUGGCAGGGAGGUGGCCACCCCAGUCACCACCUUCCAGACAGGUGUGGAGGUGCCCGUGGGUGCUGUGUCAGACCUGCGGCUCGUGGAGGAAUCGGGCAGGUGGGUGAGGCUGAGCUGGACUGCUGUCCCCGGUGCCACUGAGUACAAGGUGGUGGUGCGCAACAACCAGGAUGGCACGGAGAGGACAAGGCGCAUCCCAGGCAGCAAGACGGGGCUGGAGCUGGGUGACCUCCGGGAGGGCAUUGCCUACCUGGUGCGUGUCUCAGCACUAGUGGGCAGCCGGGAGGGCAGUGCUGACACGCUCACGGUUCACCUCAAUAAUGCUGUGGUGCCAUGGGAUGGUGCAGAGUACCCAGCAGUGGGCAGCAUCUCGGAGCUGCAGGUGAUGGAAGCCGGUCCCAACCAGUUGCGGGUCACCUGGCGAGGGCUGCCAGGUGCUGGGGGCUACCUGCUGACGUGGCGAGGCAGCGACGGUCUGAAGCAAUCCCACUUCCUCCCUGCCAACCCCACUGCCUUCACCAUUGAGGGGCUGCGCGCUGGCAUCGUCUACACUGUUGGUGUCUCAGCCAUUGUGGAUGGCCGUGAGGGCAGCCCUGUCACUGCCACAGGACGGAUAGCGCCUGAGCAGGUGGGAACGGUGACCCAGCUGGAAGUGCAGGCAUCCAAAAGCAACGUUGCCCGCGUCACCUGGGUUGGUGUGCCAGGAGCCACUGCCUACCGCGUAGUGUGGAGCCGCAGGGAUGGGGGCCCAGAGAACAGCUGGCGGGUUCCUGGCCACACCAGCUCCUUUGACAUCCCUGACCUGGAGGGAGGUGUCUCCUACACUGUGAAGGUGACGGCACUCAUUGGCAACCGGGAGGGCAACCCUGUCUCCAUUGUCGUCACAACCCCGGAGGCAGUCCCACUGCCCCCCGUCAGCAACUUCCAGGUGACAGAGGCCUCGGAGCAUCGCCUGCGCCUGGCCUGGGUGCCAGCGGCUGGCAGCAGUGGGUACCGCCUGCGCAGCCAGCAGCUCCCAGCCACCUCCAGCUCCUAUGACCUGGGGGGGCUGGAGCCAGGCCAGCGCUACCACAUCAGCAUCACCAGCCUGGCUGGCAGCCGGGAGAGCGAGCCAGCCACCGUCACUGCCAUCACCGCGUGCCACAUCACCAGCCUGCGGGUGACAGAGGUGCGGAGAGAUUCGGUGACACUCACCUGGACACCUGUCCCCAGUGCCUCUGGCUACGUCCUCUCCUGGAAUCCUCCUGCAGCUGGUGGGGAGAAGGGCCGGACGCUGCCCAGUUCUGCCAGAUCCCAGCAGGUCUCUGGGCUGCGCCUGGGCCAGCGCUACAGCUUUACCCUCCGCCCGCUCCUGGGGAGUGCACCAGGCACCGAGGUAUCCAUCAGUGAGCGCACAGUCUGCAGGGAUGCCCGCGGUGACAUUGUCUUUCUGGUGCAUGGCACCCGGGACAGCUCCUCGGGAGCUGAUGCUGUCCGUACCCUCCUCUCCAACACUGUGUCUGCCCUGGGGCGCCUGGGCCCUGAAGGCACCCAGGUGGCUCUGGCCACGUACAGCUACCGCAGCCUGCCCUGGCUGCUCCUCAACCACUCCAGGGCAGCCAUCACCUUUGCCAGGACCUACCUGCUGAGCCCCGGUGCAGGGCGCCGUCCCAGUGUGCCAGCAGUGCUGGUGGUCCUGGCUGACGGCCCCUCCGGGGAUGAUGCCAUCGCUGCAGCCAGGGAUGUCAAGGCUGGGGGGGUCCAGGUGCUGGCAGUGGGCUUGGAGGGGGCAGACCGGGAGCAGCUCCGUCGCAUGGUCACCAGUGAGGACCCGCGGUACAUGUACCACAGCAGUGGCCUGGCAGAGCUGGAGGGAGAGCUCACCGAUGACCUCUGCACCAUCAUCUCUACCAGGCCAAAGCAGGAGGCACCAAAGCCGAAGCCCUGCACUGUGCAGUGCCCCAAGGGCGAGAAGGGAGACCGCGGUGAGACAGGUCGCCAUGGAUUACCUGGCCCUUCAGGACCCCCAGGGCCACAGGGUCUGCCAGGAGAGAGUGUUGAGCGUCCCGGCAAGAAGGGGGACAGGGGGACACGGGGGCCAAUGGGACUUCCUGGCCCAAAGGGGGAGAAAGGUGAACCGGGAGAGCCCAGGGUGAUCGUGGAUGGAGAACUUGGGCUGCCAGGCCGGAAAGGGGAGCCAGGUGUGCCGGGCAGCCCUGGCACCCCUGGGAGCCCUGGCCCACGGGGACCCGUUGGUGAUCCAGGUCCAGCUGGUCCACUUGGACCCAUGGGGCCACCAGGACCUCCAGGAGAGUUUGUGAAGGGAGAGAAAGGUGACCGAGGGGAAAGGGGCCCCCCCGGACUCGUGGAUGGGGCAGCACCUCGAGGGGAGCCUGGCCCACCGGGCCUGCCUGGGGACCCUGGGCCCCGAGGACCUGCCGGGCCCCCUGGCCUGAAGGGAGAGAAGGGCCCUCGGGGACCUCCGGGGGAGCAGGGCAGGAAGGGAGAACGUGGUGCACCAGGAGAGCUGGGAGAGAUGGGUGAGAAGGGAGACCGUGGUGUGCCGGGCCCUGAGGGUGAGAAGGGUGAGACAGGAGCCCCAGGGCGCCCAGGGCCAUCGGGCAGAGAGGGUGAUCCAGGACCACCUGGCAAGCCGGCUCCCAGUGUGGCUGGUGUUGGAGAGAAGGGUGCCCCUGGCCUGAGCAUCCCGGGGCCAUCUGGCCCCAAAGGCGAGCAAGGUGAUCAGGGUAUCGUUGGCCCCACAGGCAGAAGUGGUCCAAAGGGUGACCCAGGGGAGCCAGGGGAGAAGGGGGAGCCUGGCCGAGCAGGUGCCCCAGGGCAGACCGGGAUGCGAGGCAAAGAGGGAGAGCGAGGAGAGAAGGGUGAUGAAGGCACCCCGGGCGAAGCAGGUCUGCCUGGCAAAUCUGGAGACAGGGGUCCCCGGGGCCCUCCUGGCUACCGUGGCCCGCCUGGGGAGAAGGGUGACUUGGGGGACCCAGGUCCGGAAGGCAGGAAUGGCAGCCCUGGAGCACCAGGAAACAAGGGUGACCGUGGGGAGCCGGGGCCUCCUGGACCCCCAGGACGAACAGUUGACGUGGGGCUUGCAGGAGCAGGGGAAAAGGGUGAGAAGGGGGACCCUGGGGACCCUGGCGAGGAUGGCGCGAAGGGCACUCGGGGUGAUGUUGGUUCCCCUGGCCCACCAGGAGAGAGGGGUGCGGAGGGUCCCCGCGGCCCCCCUGGCACACGGGGUGACCCCGGGGACCGAGGCCUGCCAGGAGAGAAG